AGUUGUUUUGGUCGAAAGGUCUUGGGGAAAUAUUUAUUAAAAUGUAGGCUACAUAUUUUAUUACAUGUUAUUAUUAUGUGUUUUUCAUAUGAAACGUAAUGAUCGUUAAUUGAGUUUCAGAAUACCAUCGGGAAAGCUUUAUUUUGCAUUCAAACGUCUGAUAUUCCCCAUUAAUUUUAAAGGGAGAUCUAAUGUUUUGCCCUCAGCACAGUUCAGGCUUACUUCCGGUACUUCACAAGCUUAGGUUCGCUAGCAGAAGGCGUGCUCGCCUGUCUUCUGUAGGAGCCGCAGUAGUUUCAUACGUCCUGCCACAUGCAUAUCGACUUGAAACACUACAUUACCCAGUAUCUAUGUACUUUAUACUCCUUCCGCACAACACCCAGAUAGCUCAGCGCAACGAGUUGGUUGUUAUAAUCAUCGUUUUAGUUGAUGCAGGAAAAAAUUCAACGGUGCACAAUAUUUUAAAUAUUUAAUUCCUGCGUAAACGGCCAGGGUAGACUUUCGGUGAUCUCGAGUGAGUUAACCCUCGAAUGAUGGCAACGGAAAGUGAAAACGACAUUGAGAUUCCACCGGCGGGUAGUCAAAUUGAGAAGUCGAAAAAAGAAUUCGUCUGGACUCAACAGGCAACAUGGCUACUGGUCCGCACUCGUUUGUCCAUGGACUCCGACUUCAAUCGGCCAGUGUGCAAGAUGAAGAAACUCUGGGCGAGGGUGGCUGAGAAGGUGACAGCUAAACUGAAGGAAUCUGGAGAAGAUGUUUCUGUGAGAUCCCAUGAGUGUGACAGCAAAUGGAGGAAUAUGUUGUCAACCUACAGGAAAAAUGCAGAGAAAGCCAAAAGACUUGGUGCUCAUAUCGUUCAUUGGGAGUUUUUUCAUGAGAUGCACGAUGUGCUGGGGAAAAGCAGUGACGAGUUGGAUGGACAACGGAAGGAUACAUUAAAUGGGAGUAAAUUGGCCACUCUUAUAGCGAGUAAAAAGUAUACCCCAAUCCUUCCUACUCCACCUGUGCCUCCUACCCCCCUCUCCUCUCGCCCUCCCCAAGAUGUAUUGCAGUUAUACUUAGAGCUCCAAGAGAGAAAGAUGGACUUGUGGAUGCAACAGAAAGCUUUGGAGGAGAGAAAGAUAGAAGCUAUUAAUAACCUGGCCCGAGCAAUCUCCAGUUUAGCUGAGGACCGUAACACCCAGUCACCAAACAGUGGGUAGGCUGGCAUGCAGGGUGGUGCAGCGUUCCCUGAUAAAAACACCAGUAACAGUCCUGUGAACAUUCUGGUGUGUUUUACUAACUGACAGAUGUACAGUAUUAACAACAGAUUUAAAGAAACAGAUCUGCAGUCCUGAGGUUGUGCAAAUGCAAGUGUUGUUUGCGGGCAAAAUUACUACAGUCUCAUGGAGAAAAAAGAAGAAAUGCGACAAAAUACAGUUGGUAGUUUCUUGGGUAUGCAGAGAUUUAAAGUUAACGUUUCCACUAAGACUUUACUUUUUAGAGCAACCAUUGCUUUUACAUUUAUGCUACAAAGCUUGUUUUUAUUUUACAUAGAAUUUUUAGUUGUAAUAAGUUUUUUCCACGAUUCCAGCUCAAUCAAUUUUCACAAUUCCAGCUCAGUGAGAGGUAUUCGAGACAUUAACUGAUGCCAUUGCGAUGUGACUGGAGUUGUCUUUAUUUUCCAAAAUUUGAUCGUUGAUGCAUUUCUCAUUUAUCAGAUCUUGUGCUGAGAAAAAAAAUGUUAACCACAUUAAAAGCCAUCUUACAGAAAAAUUUGA